UCAGUCAACGAUAAGUAGCAGUAGCAGCACAUGAGCAUUCUCCUUCCUGAGACCCAACGCCACCCCGCUUUCAAAUUCUCUCAUCCGUCGGAAAAUACCGAAAUCCCGUCGGCCGGAGGGCCCCCACUAUCAUCACUAUGGAUUCCUCUCCGCUGAAUCGGCUACCUCAAGACACCUUUCAUCAGAUCUUCACCCACCUACCGCUUCGCGAUAUCUUCAUUUCCAGAUGUGUCUGCAAAGCCUUCAACGCAUCUCUGUCUUCUCCGCCUUUCCUCCACCUAAUCGCCGCCCACCAGCCGCCUCUCUCCCUCCUCGCACUCCGCCCCUCCCACCGCCACUCUCACGGCGGCGCCGGCGGCGGAUCUUCCUCCCCUUCCCUCCACGUUUUCGACACAUCCCUCAACCACUGGUUCCGCUUCCCUCUCUCCUUCCUCCCCUUCCGCUCUCACUACCCAAUUACUUCCUCCCACGGCCUCCUCUACCUCUGGGCCGAAAACCCUACCCAGAACCCACCCCACAACCACAAUACCAAGACUCUCGUCGUCUGUAACCCUCUCCUCCGCGAUUACAAGGUCCUGCCUCAGCUUGGCUCCGCUUGGUGCCGCCACGGCUCCGUCCUCGUCGGCUCGCCCAAUCAAGUCCUUGUGCUCACUGAGCUCGCCGCCAUCUAUUUCAGUUCCGCAUCCGCUCCCAACAACUGGCAGAAAUUUUCCUCCAACUUGCCGUCCAAGCCGCGGAGCCCAGUCUUGAUCUCCGACACCAUUCUUGCUCUCUGCGAUGUGGGAUCUCCGUGGCGAUCUCAGUGGAAGCUGUUCAAGUCAACAAUUAAGGAUUUGCAGUUGACCCAGCAAUGGACUCGCCUAGAGAAGCAUGAAUGGGGGGAUAUUUUCGACAUCCUGAAACGACCUCGUUUGUUAGUGGGCGACAAGAAUAAGGUGUUAAUGAUUGGGGGAUUGAAGAUUUCUUACUCAUUGCACAGCUCUUGUUCCACCAUUUUGAUUCUGAGGUUGGAUUUGGAGAGCUUGGAAUGGGAAGAGGCCGGGCGAAUGCCGCCUGAAAUGUUUAAGCAUUUCCAGGAUUCUACAAAGUUCAAGGUAUUUGGUGGAGGAAGCAGAGUUUGUUUCUCAGGGAAGAGAGUGGGAAGAUUAGCUCUUUGGGAGGAACGUGAGAAUGGAGAAGCAGAUUGGCGGUGGAUCACUGGAGUUCCAGGCAAUGGUGAUGGACUUUAUAGAGGCUUCAUGUUCCAAGCUCGGCUUACCGCUUUGCCAUAGAGCAGGAGGUGGAAACACCCACCAUUUGCUUGCUUAAAUGGUAAUUUUUUUCAAAAAAUUUUCUGUUUUAACUAGUAAUCAUAUAUUGGUUUUGGUGUGAUAACAAUGAUGAAAGAUGAAAACUUUAUUAUAUCACUGUAAUGGGGCAGAGGCCUUCUUGGUCCUUCUGAAGCAGAUUUUAGAUAAGGCUAAAUGUUGUUGUAUUAUUAUGUCUUUGUUUUUUGAAUCCAUUCCAAAUGACAAUUGAGAAUUUUACAUACUUUAAUUAUGUUAUUUUUACAACUGUAAACACAUGUAAUCUGCUUUAUAUACAUUUAAUUUGCUCUCUUU